ACCUCGCGUAGCACACGGGAGGUUAACAAGCAAUUCAUUGUUUGUUGUUGGCCAAAUUCGACACUCAUUAAACGACAAAAACAAAAACUCCUUGCUUGGUGUGCGAAAAAACGUCACCUACUGGAGGGAGACCGACUUUCCGCCGAGUUGGGCCUCUCUUUACCUCUUCAUCUCUGCCAAAACUGAAGCAAGCCUGCGCUGCAGCUUGAAAGUCGCUUAGGUCCUACACCCCACUCAAAUGCAAAUGUUUUAUUCACCGGUAUGUCUUAAUUCAAUGUGCGAAUGAGAAUGUCCGAAUAGUAAUAUUGAACUGAAAGUGUAUAGAGAUCGGCAACUUUGGAGAGUUUAGGCCUAUAUUGUUGGGAGCCCACAGCGCAUAGAAUAAACAUGGGGAACGUUCUGUAUUACUAGACUCGCUGAGGAAGGACACCUGAUUUCCAAAGCUGGGAAAAUGUCAAACCCCCUGAACUUUUUGUCAAUAUUUAGAGAGCGUCGUUGCAUAUUAACUGGGCUGGCAUGGUCUGUGCAACAUCUGUUGGUGUCGGCCACCGUACCUUGUCAACCCACGCGCUUCUGCAGCCGAAAUACAGCCGUUCCAUUUGACAAUGUUCGGUGUCAAAACUCUCCGAACUGUCGGUCCAGCAGUGUGUAGACGUGGUGCCUCUGUGCUGUGGAAGCCAACUAGGACCCAGAGCCGAACCCAAAGCGCGGCGGCUGGACAGAGAGUGGACAUCGGGGGGAUCUACCCGCCAAUAGCCACGCCGUUCACUCAGAAAGAGGACGUGGACUAUCAGAAACUGGAUGAAAACCUGCAGAAGUAUGCAAAGAUUCCUUUCAAAGGCCUGGUGGUGCAGGGCUCUAAUGGAGAGCACCCGUACCUGACGGAGGAGGAGAGGGUAGAGGUGGUGAGGAGGGUCAGACUGGCACUGCCCACAGACAAGCUGGUCAUGGCAGGAUCCGGAUGUGAAUCCACCAAAGCUACGGUAGUGAUGACAGAGAGGAUGACUCUGGGGGGCGCAGACCUGGUUCUCGUGGUAGCCAUGCUUCUAAAGGGCAUGAUGGACAGCAGGGCGCUGAUAAAUAAUUAUUCUGAAAUGGCAUAUAAUAGUCCAGUACCAGUAGUUCUGUACAGUGUCCCGGCUAACACAGGUCUUGACCCUGUUGAUGCUGUGGUGAGACUGGCCCAAUACCCUAACAUACUGGGACUCAAUACAGCGGAGGAGACCACAUUGCAGGAUUUUCAGGUUCUAAGGAGCGGGACUCAGCUAAUACUGUGUGUGUCUGAUGCAGGUUGUGUGGGCGGUGUGUGUGCGCUUGCCAACGUGCUGGGGCGUGAGGUGUGUGAGCUGGAGCAGCUGUGUGUGUCGGGACGGUGGGAAGAAGCCAGGGCUCUGCAGCAGCGCCUCAUAGAGCCCAACACUGCUGUGACCAGGAAGUUUGGCGUUCCCGCUCUCAAGCAGGCGAUGGAGUGGUUUGGUUACCACGGUGGCACCUGUCGCUCUCCUCUUCAACCUCUCUCAGAGGCCGAAUCCCAGCAGCUUAGACUGGACUUCUCCACCAACGGCUGGCUCUGAAGGGAACAGGGGGCGGGACUGAGUAGAAGACAGGGGACUGGGCCUGCUCCAGGUUGAAGUUGGCAUCAUAGAAUAGAAUGCGUAGAACAUUAUGGCAUCAUUGACUUGAAUGUGGAUUUACUUUCUACUCAUUCUAAUUAUAUGGUUGUCUCUAACCACAGAUCUAGGAUCAGGUGACUCUACACCCAGUCCUAACCUUAAUCAUUAGGGAGUUGAGAAAAGAUGUGACCCUGUAUCAGUUGUUAGGGGCAACAUCAACCUACUGUGACUGUUUCAUACAUGCAUAGCUUCCUUCCCUUUCUGGCCUUAAAUCUAAGAGGACUUGAUAGUUGAAAGCAAUAACCAAUCCAGUCCUUUCACCUAUCAGUGGUCAUGCUGCCUUGCUGUAUAGGAGGCCGUUGUGAGGGGGUUGUGUGUUAGAGACAUGUCAACACUGUAAGACUACCUCAAGGCCUCCCACCUGUAAUGGCCAUAGGCGUUUUGAUUGUGUCCCACAUCACAGCCUAUUCACUACAUAGUGAACUGCGGUUGACGAGAGCCCUAUGGGUCCUGGUUAAAUAGUAGUGCACUGUAUAGGGGACUGGGUUGCCAUUUUGGGACGCACCCUUUGACAUGAAUUAAAUACAGCAGGAAAUAAAAAGACAUGUAAGGAAUCAGUUUGUUUAUAUUUCCGAAGGAUGUUUUUCAAAUAAAGAGAAAGACCACCGACCCAGCAACCAUCA